UGGGUCGGUAAAGAUUGUUGUGCAUUAGGCAGUAGUUGUAAGAUUUUGAAAGUUUCUUCGGCUUUAGAUUCAUUAUGAGAGUGAUCAUACUCGUUCUAAGCAUAAUCAGUACCGCCUCUGGGGACGAGGAGUGCAAAAAGCGUCCAGAUGACGCCGUUAUGAAGGAGGCGCAGCCGAUUGCAGAGCGAAUUAUGAAGAAAUGCAUGCAUCUUCUCGACAAGUACCCCGUGCCCAUAAACGUCAUUGGAGAGGCUCUCAGAAUUAUAUGCGAUGACUACGCCAAAUGUCAUGACAGCCUUGAAUCGUUAGCUGGGGACCAAAACAAAUACCGUCAGGAGAUCAUUAAAUGCACCCAACCUCAUCUUAUAAAUUUCUGCAAAUCGAGACCGGAAAUCCAACACGAUCCCGAAAAACUCGCUAAUGAUAUCAGCGACUGUAUCUUGGAGCACAUUCCACUGGAUAAAAGCUUGGGCAUUGCUACCGGUGUAUGGGUGAUGAGGAUUCUGGGAGUUCCCACGGAAUAGGCGAGAUUCGGUCACAAAAUGCCUAAUGCAGACCCAAUUAGAAGCCUUCUAUACCUUCAAUAUUCGAUUGGAAGUACCUGAUCGCGCGGUAAAUUUCAAAUCCGUUUAAAAGCAGCAUGAGCAUUUUUUCAGUCGGCUAGAAAUAUAAAGUGUAGGUAAAUCGACAUCGAUCAGAUUGUAUUCGAGAUGUGUCCCUGAAACUAUGGUGCGUUCAAGAUAUUUCUGGUAGAAGUUACAGAACGAUGAUUAGCUUUGAUGCGUACGAUGAUGUGGAAUGAUUUUUAGAUACUUGUAAUUAAUAAUUGAUAAUUGUAACAAUUUUCUUUCGUACAUGACGACAUCGUUUAUGUUAUAGCUCCGUACUUGUUUCGAAGGCAGUGGACGUCUUUCAGUGACAUUGAUACGAAACGCAAGAUGGAAGAAGCUUGCCUUUGAAUCUUAUCUACCUUUAUAAAACAGAACGACUGUAGAGCAGUAGCAGUAAAAAACAAGCAGUAAAGGUACCUUUUCCUAUACUUAUGCUUCUUCGCGAGUUCGACCAGAAUUUCCAUCGGCAUGUUGACGUUCGUUCUUUGCCUCUUUGAGUCAGGUUAAGUUGUUUACGGCGAGCAUUUUUCCUCUCUUGUAUAUGGUCAGCAAAAAGUGACGCAAUCCGUCCAGUUGAAGCUUAGCUAAUCUUCAACUCGGCGUUCUCUAAUACGGCCUUUGGUGGAAUAUUUUUUUCUCUACUUAAUAAUUAUUUCUGUCUAGAAAUUAGUUGUGAAAUAUUGGACACCAGGUGCCUACCCACUUGACUUAAAUUCUCUGAUAUGCUAACACGGCCUGGAGGAUUGAACUCUUUAUGCACGCCGUGGCGAUACGGCCACUUGUUUUCCGAAAGAAAUCUCCGAAUCCUUUCGCCGAAACAAUCACAGAGCGAUAAGAGAGAAGAUCUUAUAACCACGGUGUUACCAUCUUAGCGCCAACCCAAAGUACAGGAAUGGGCACGUUUACUUUGUGCAGUAUUAGAUAACUGUUGAUUACAGAGCUUUUAAUUAAGUACUGACAUUCUUUUCAGAUUCUCGUAUGUGCGGCUUAGAAGUUAGUAUUUUUUUUAUAUAAAAUCGAUCAAAUAUUUCGAUAUGAACAUUGGGGAAUAGUCUAAAUAAAUAAAAUGAUAAAACGGGAUAAAUGCAACAGAGUAUCGAGGUUACGAGGACGUUUCCACAAGAAAGCGAACAUAAAUGUUACAGGAUAAAAGGUUGCAGUUAGGCAUGGUUUUAAAUUGGGAUCAAUUUUGUCUAUAUUUUUAGUUGGAUAUCAAUCUGUUAAAGUUUACGUUGGCAGUUAAAAGUUGUAACGAGAUUACAAAGUUAUUCAAAUAAGAAAAGUUAAUAAAUUAGAAUAACGGGGUAAUGAAUAACAACAAAUUGAAAGGCUUCAAGGGGACAGAAUUACGAGAACGAUGUAAUAGGUAGACAGAAUCAGAGAAAUAGAAUCACUAUAACUGGAUAGUGGUGACACAAUAAAAAGUUAGCAGGAUCUCAAAAAAGAGACAGCAAGAAUGUACAAUUUGCGGUAUAAAUUAAACUCGAUUUUACGUAAUACCGAUUAAUUAGGACAGGAUGAUGUCCAGCAAGGCAAGCGGGUUCUUCUCUCAGAAAUAUACCGAUAAUUUGGCUUUGCCUUUAUUUCACAUGUCCCAAUCGUCCAAAUUCCAUUUGUUCCCUUUGAAGUAGUUCUCAAUAGAUUCGAUACAAGUAUACGACGGAUUUUCUAGUCCCCAAAACAGUUUUUCAAUACAAAAAUGCUGGUACCGAAAAUCUUUUGUCUGGACUCUCUCCACUGUUUCAAUUAUCUUUUUCUUUUUUUUGCUUUUCUAACACAAAAUAUGAUACACGCUCCCUGGCACUUUAUUCUAGUGUUCCAGAAAAAAUAAAUAUGGCUAGAAGUCGCUCA